AUGGCGUCAAUACCAGUCGUUGUUAAACACCAGGGCAAGAAAUAUGACGUAGAAGUCGACCCCGAGUCCACCGGCGAAGUCUUCAAGUUCCAGCUCUACAGCCUUACUGGUGUAGAACCUGAGCGUCAAAAGGUUCUGCUGAAACGGGGGCUCAAGGAUGACACGCCCAUGAGCCAUUUCUCCCUCAAGCCAGGUCAGGCAAUAAUGAUGCUCGGUACUCCGAGCAGUGAGGGCAAGGAUCUCGUGCGCCCAUCCGAAGCCGUCAAGUUCGUUGAAGAUAUGACCGAGGCCGAAGCGGCGCAACAAGAGGGCGCCGUUCCUGCUGGCCUGACAAACCUGGGCAAUACCUGCUAUCUGAAUUCAACACUCCAGGCACUGCGUGCGAUACCGGAGCUUCAGGACGCUCUCGCCAAGUACGAGCCGCCGAGUGCCAAUGCCACCGGGACAUUGCCUCAGCUUGACCUCACCAGGCAGCUGCGAGACACUUACAAGUACAUGUCCGAGACCCAGGAGGCCUAUGUUCCACAUGCUUUCCUCACAUCUCUACGCAAUCUCUAUCCGCAAUUCUCUGAACGCUCUCGCACUGGUUCCGGUUACGCUCAACAGGAUGCCGAGGAAGCUUGGUCACAGAUUCUGUCCCAGGUUCGUCAGAAGCUGCGGGUCAAAGAUGCCACCGACGCUACGACCGACGCCUCUUUCAUCGAGAAAUUUAUGUCUGGAGAAUUCUCCUCGGAGCUUGUGUGCGACGAGCCCGCUGCCAGGGAAGGUGGCGAGCAACCAAUUGUUUCCAAAGAUGCCUUUUUGAAGCUCAACUGCCAUAUCGAUGCCACUACAAACCAUUUGCGUGAUGGAAUUGUCAAUGGGUUGAAAGAGCAGCUGGAGAAGAGGUCAGAGGUGCUGGGUCGCGACGCUACCUAUACUAAGACCUCUAAGAUCUCGCGUCUGCCCAAAUACCUAACUGUCCAUUUCGUCCGCUUUUUCUGGAAACGCGAAACACAGAAGAAAGCCAAGAUCAUGCGCAAGGUCACAUUCCCUCAUGAGUUAGAUGUCGUGGAGUUUUGCGAUGAUCAUCUCAAAGAGCUUCUUAUCCCCGUUCGAGACAAGGUCAGAGAGGUUCGAAAGGAGGAAGAAGAUGUUGAGCGAGCGCGCAAACGACGCAAGCGCAACGGAGACAAUGAUAACGGCGUCCCUGAAGUGUCUAAUCCCAAAAAGAAGGAUGACAAGAAAGAAGCGGGUACAUCUGGAGACGGCGACGUAGAAAUGACGGAGACAUACAAGACUGAUGCUGAAAUUGACGCUGAACGAGAUGCCCAGCUGCUUGCGAUGAAGAAGGAACUGAAUGCCCUCAUUAGUCCGGAACUAUCUAAAGAUGAGGGUGCGAAUCAGUCGGGACUGUAUGAGUUACGUGGCGUGGUUACGCAUCAGGGAGCCAGUGCUGAUAGCGGGCACUACACGGCCUAUGUCAAGAAAACGGCUCCGAUCGACCCUAAGACCCGCAAGAGGAAGGAAGAGGAUGGCAAGUGGUGGUGGUUUAACGACGAUAAGGUCUCUGAGGUUACGGCGGAUAAAAUUGAGGCUCUAGCUGGUGGAGGAGAAUCCCAUUCUGCUCUCAUCUUGCUCUACAAGGCUAUUCCACUGCCUACAGCGGAAGGCAACAUCGAGUAA